AUGAGGCUAGCGACUGUUCUAUGCUACUUGGCACUAUUCGGUAUCGCCAAUGCGAUCCGUGAACAGUGUUUUAUCGCCUCACCGUGCGCUACUCACGCUGCGCGACGAUUCGUUCUCUACGGUAAUCUACGCGAGUCCAAGAAACUAAAACGCACGCACUCUGCGCGUAAGGCAUUGUUACGGACACUGACAACAGAGGUGCUUCGUCACGGGCGCAUCAUAACAACGCUCAACAAGGCCAGGCAGACUAAACCCAAGGUGGAGAGAAUAAUCAAGUACGCCAAGAAGCCCGAUCAGCGAUACGCACGAAUUCUGAUCAACCGUUGGCUUUACGACAGGGAACUAACUGAAAACGUCUUAAAGCUUGCGCCUAUCAGAUUCAAGGAGCGGCACGGCGGGUACUGCCGCAUCAAACGGCUCUGUUACAGCACUGUGGGUGAUAACUCAAAGCGUGCCAUUCUGGAGCUGCUUGAUUACUAG